AUGUUGGUCACGGACCCUGCCUUCCCAACCAGGUGCGGUACGUCAUCCAGCCGGGACACGACUCCGGACCUCACUUUCGUCAGGGGAGUGGCAGAGGUGAACUGGACAAACCUUAACAUGGACUUUGGCAGCGACCACUACGUCUUGGCCACCGUCCUUCGGAUCGAGCAGAACAGACAACGCAAGUUCCGAUUCACCGACUGGGACAAGUUCCGCAAGCUGAGAGAGGAGCGGACCGGGGAAGAGAGGCCCGACCUGGAGCGAUGGAUUGCAGAGAUUCGUGAGGACAUUGAGGGCGCGACCAAAGAGGUUAGCACAGACCUCCCGGUACAGAAGAUGGACAGCAGGCUGGCGCACCUACUCGAGGCCAAGCAGUCCCUUCUGGCCAGAUGGAAGGGUCAGCGGCUCAAUCGAAGGCUCCGCAAGAAGAUUGCCGAGGUCAACAGAAGCAUCGAAGAGCACUGCAAAGUCCUUUCCAGACAGCAAUGGGAUGAAGUUUGCAACUCGAUUGACGGCCAGAUGCGGAGCGGGGGGUCCUGGAACCUCCUAAAGCAUCUGCUGGACGAGACCAACACCAAGUCGAACCAGCGGAGCACGCUGGGAAGAGCGCUGCACGGGGCCAGGCAAGAAUCCUCGGACGAGGAGGUUAUGGAAAGGUUGAUCGCGAAGUACUUGCCGGUAGCCUCCGGUCCGGCGUCCCCCAUCCCAGAAUAUGGGGGCGUCGCGAACCCGGAGCUGGAUGCGGAGUUUGGUGUCGAGGAGAUCCGGCGGGCCCUGCACGAUUUAAACGGCAGGUCGGCCCCGGGUCCGGAUAGAGUUACAAACAAGGCACUGAGGAACUUGGACGACAAGUCGGUGGAGUACCUGACGGACGUUAUCAACAAGAUGUGGAACGACGGAAAAGUACCGGAGAUGUGGAGGAGGGCUGCCACCAUUCUCAUCCCCAAACCGGUAGUGAUAGCACCAGCAUCAAAACGGUCGCAGUUGCACACAGAUCAGCCAAUAAGCGAGGACUGCCUGUACGUGAACGUAUGGACACCUAAGCUGAACGCUUCCGCGGGGUUACCGGUGAUGGCCUGGCUUCAUGGAGGUGGCUUCCAAGUGGGUUCGGCGGCCAUGCCACUCGAAGAUGGAGCACACUUGGCUGCCCUCGGAGAUGUCGUGGUGGUAACCAUCGAAUAUAGGUUGCAGUCAUUCGGCUUCCUGUACGACGGAACGUCGGCUGCCCCAGGAAACAUGGGUCUGCACGACCAGCAGCUGGCAUUGAAAUGGAUCCAAGAAAACAUCGCUGCCUUCGGCGGUAAUCCCGGGGAAGUCACGCUGUUUGGAUGGAGCGCCGGUGGCAUUUCUACCGGUUUUCAUCUGCUCUCGCCAGGAAGCCAGUCUCUUUUCAAGCGAGCCAUCAUCCAAAGCGCCGGCGUAACCAAGAAAGGGCGCGCAAAGGACAAGUCUGAAAUGUUAAAAUACUCCCGUCAACUGGCUGCUACCUUUGGAUGCUAUCAGGAGGACUCGGCUACCAACACAUCUCAGAACAUAGCGGCAUGCAUGAAGAAAAUAAACGCCACUCUAAUUGCGGCUGUUGAGCAAACGUUCGUUGACGGUCAAUUUGAACCUAUCUUCGGAGAUGAAUUCCUGCCCGUAGAGCCUUGCGUAGCAGAGUUUCCAGGCGAUAAGGACGUCAUCAUCGGGCAGACUGCAAACGAAGGAACGAACCAGCUCUACACAAGCUUCAGAGAUACAUUUUCUGAGGUUCUUCCUCCAAGGCAAAUUAACAAGGCAGAAAUGGUGCAUUUCUUGAGCAGUUUGUACAAGAAACUCUCGCUGUCCGAGAUAAAGAAGCUUCAGGAGGAGUACAUGGGACAUAUCGGAGACUUCGAUUACGACGCCCUACGACAGGCGCUGGCGGAAACAAAGGGCGACUCGCACGUCACCUGCGGCUCCCUCAACACUGCAUGCAAGUUGGCGAACGCAACAGCUGACGCUCAAUCUGGGAAAGGCGUUUACUAUUACGAGAUGAAUUACGUGACCGCCUGCCCGAAGAAGCUGCCGUGGUUCGGCAUGACCCACGGCGACGACCAACCCCUGGUGUUCGGCAGGGCCUUCGAUAAACAGGACGGAUGUGCUGGUGACACUUCGUACAGCAUGCGGAUCAUGCGGAUGUGGAGUGAUUUCGCCUAUGGGAGGUCUCUUGCCGGAUCUGAAGGUACCGACUGGCCGAAGUUUACAUCAGACUCCAGGUCCUUCUUGAAACUUACAGCAACAGGAUCAGAAGUGUCGACCUUCAACCGGGAACCAGGCAGCAAUGGGCCACGCUGCAAGAUUCUCAAAGAACUUAAACUUUACUGAAGCGAUGCGUGAUCAUCAUAGGAUGAGAGA